AUAAAAAUAUACUGUUGCUCAGCCAUUGGAAGAUGUAAUACCAGUGUUAACCACAAGACAGCAGACGUCGCUCAUCAGUGCCUCCAACCCCCAGGCUAGAAUUGUGAAGAAGAGUGUGUCAUGGACCAACAACAUCGAUCUCAAAAGUAUGCAAACAACAGUGAUUGUGUUUUUUUUUUUCCUGCAGCGAUGACAGUUCGUUUAAAGUUCAUGGGCAUUUAGUAAGAAGUUGUCCUCCCAAAACAUGGAUUUAUUUAACGCUUAAAAGUGUUUCAACUGUGCAUAGUGGUUUGUGAUGGACGCAUCCAGGACCAAUUUCAUUGCUGUUCACACAGAAGCUCCUCCGGCUCCAGUCGGGAUAUCUAGAGGGCUCAACCACCGUCGCCCCCCUGCCGCCUCCUCCCCUACUCCACCUCGACCGCAGGUCCAGCUGCAGCGUGAAUGAAGGCGGGCUGCGAUGGAGACACCGAGGAUGGCCGCCGAAGAGACAGGAUGUUAAUGCUUGACGGAAUGCCUGCAGUCCGAGUCAAAGCCGAGCCCCUGGAAUCGGAACAAGGGUCACCCAAAGUGCGGUCUUAUUCCGCGAUGGACGGCGUCCCCUUCUUUCUCAGCAGAGUGAAACCCGAGCCUCCGGAAGACCUGCUGGCCCACGACCUGCACUUCCACACGCAGACCGAGCCGGUGGACCUGUCCAUCAACAAGCCUCGCCCCUCUUCUUCUUCCACCACCACGUCAUCCUCCUCCCCGCUGAGAUCCGCUUUUUCGCCGUCCUCGCUGUCGUCGUCGUCCUCUUCGUCCUCUCCGUCGGUCAUUACCUCGGCGGCGUCGGUGCUCUCGCCGGGCCCUCUGGUUGCGCCCGGGAUGAGAGGUCAGCCAUAUUUGCACAUCCUGCACUCGGUGCCGCCGCCUCCGUCCAGCCCGCUGGGCCUGCAGGGCGCCGGAAAGCUGAGCAGCCGUGUUCACCGCAUCCCGGUGGUGGUGCAGUCGCUGCCGCUCAUGUAUACCACGGCCAUGCGUUCGCCCUCCAGCCUCAACAACGCCAUCAUGCUACCUCUGCUGGACGACGCCAAGAGCCAGGGCAAAGCACACGCGGAACACAACGGCCUGUCGCCGCGUCACAUCAAGAGUGACAGCGAUGACGACGACCUGCCAAACGUGACGUUGGACAGCGUCAAUGAGACCGGCUCCACUGCACUGUCUAUAGCCCGCGCUGUACAAGAUUCCAUGUCGCCGUUCAGUAUUGACAGUAUACGGCGCCCUCGGAGGUCGGAGUCGCCCGAUUCCAAAAAGCGGAGAAUCCACCGAUGCGAUUUUGAGGGCUGCAAUAAGGUUUACACCAAAAGCUCCCAUUUAAAAGCACAUCGGCGGACGCAUACAGGAGAAAAGCCUUACAAAUGCACCUGGGACGGCUGCACGUGGAAGUUCGCCCGCUCGGAUGAGCUGACCCGCCACUACCGGAAGCACACGGGCGUCAAACCCUUCAAGUGCGCGGACUGCGAUCGCAGCUUCUCCCGUUCGGACCACUUAGCCUUGCACCGGCGUCGGCACAUGCUGGUGUGAGACAAGUGAGAAAUUAUCAGCCGGGAAGGAAGGAAGGAACCACCACACGUUGGGGAGCAGGAUCUCCCUGGGAAAUGUUCUUCAGCUGGCCUGGACACACGGGAGGAACAUGACGGCGAAGAAGAAAGAAAACAGGGUCAAAUGGGGAUCCACUUGGAAGGAGCAGACAGUCAGGAGCUUUUAUUGUCUUUUACAGCACUGUUUGGAAGUUUUUAACACAGACUCUUUAAUCGGACGGGGGGAGAAGAUGCAAUUUUUGGAAUUUUUUUUUUUUUUUGUCUUCAUAAUGUGAAAGACCCCAGAGUGUGGAUUUCCCCCCCCCCCCUUUUUUUCUUUUCUUUUCAUGAUGCGGGCUUUCUGGAAGCAGAACCAGAUUGGCAGCAGAGGGUGCCACUUGAUCACAGAUGAUUUCCUCUGGCCUUUGCGAGAACCACCACAAACUCAUUGACGCAAUAUCUAUUUUUAUGGGUGGGCCACUCUCAAAUAUCUAUUUAACAGCCGCACCCCCCAACCCCCUCAAAAAAAAAAAAUCUGGAGCCUCUUUGUUGGAUUUUUGAGCUGUGAUGAAGCAAUCAGAUCAAGUGCAAUCUUAAGGAUUACAACAAUACACACACACACAUACAC